AUGAGUGUGGUGCCGGUGCUGUGUGGGGAGUCCCCGGUGGUGUGCCUGCUGGGGGAGACGGGCAGCGGCAAGAGCACCCAGGUGCCCCAGAUGAUUCUCCAAGAGGCGCGCAAGGAAAGGCGCCGUGCGCGGAUCUGCGUGACGCAGCCGCGGCGCGUGGCGGCGCUGAACUUGGCGACCCGGGUGGCCUCGGAGCUAGGUGAGCGCAGCACCGUGGGCUACCGGAUCGGUGGCGAGAGUCGCCCGGGGGAGCACAUCGACUACUGCACUGUGGGCUACACUCUGCAGCUGUUCCUGAACGCCCCGCAGGAGCUUGGGGAGUACACCCACAUCGUCUUGGAUGAGGUGCACGAGCGGAGCGCCGAGAGCGACAUGCUUUGCUUGGUGGUGCGGCUUCUGGCGCACUACCGCUUCCCGGGCACCCGCAUCGUGGUGAUGUCCGCCACGCUGCAGAGCGACCUCUUCUCCAAGUACUUUGGGCGCAUCUCCCGCUUGCCGGUGGGGAACGUCUUCGUGGGGGCGCGCUGCUUCCCGGUGAAGGAGUACUUCCUUGAGGAUCUGCCGAAGGCUCUGAACCGCAAGCUCCGCUGCGAACAGGCCAUCUUCGGCCGCAUCAAGGAUGCGUUCGGGGAGGUGCGGGUCAAGAAGAUCGACCAGAAGCACUGCGACAAGCUCCACAGCAUCGUGCUGGAGCUGUUGGAGGUGAUUGCACAGCCGGACAGCACCAUCCUGGUUUUUCUUCCUGGCAUUGCUGAAAUUUCCUCCCUCUGGCAGGAGGCCAAGGGCUUGGAGGACCGGAACUUCCGCUGCUUCCCGCUGCACUCCAUGGUGCCGCGGGAAGAGCAGGAGUUGGUGUUCCAGGAGCCGGAGCCUGGCACGACCAAUGUCGUUCUUGCCACGGAUAUAGCGGAAUCCUCCAUCACACUUCCACAUGCCCAGCACUGA